UCCCACAAGAAAAAAUCUGGUGGGGGGGGAGAUGUCGAUGGGAAGCGACUCGACAUGGGUGGGGAAGAAACCGAUCCGGCGCAUCGGCGGAUUAGCUGAUGCUCUCUCCAUCGCCUCCGAUCUCGGUUACGCCGUCGCUCCUCCUCCCUCUCUGGAAGAGUACUUACAAAGCUUGGCGUCUUCGAAUGGCGAAAGAGGCGAUGAUUUGAUAAGGGUUUUGAGAGAGUUAUCUUCUGUUCAGAGGAAAAUUGCAGACUUGCAGGUCGAGCUUCAAGGGAGGAAGGAUGAUAAAAAUGUGGCUCAUUUGACUCAUGUGAGUGAAAUGCAGAAGAAAAUCGAAACUCUCUCAAGGAUUACUCAAAUAUUGAAAGAUGUUAUACAAAACAAGGAUCGCAUCAUUGCUCGUCUCCAACAACCUUAUUCACUAGAUUGCAUUCCAAUUGAAGCAGAAUAUCAGAAACAAUUUUCAGAGUUGCUAAUGAGAGCGGCCAGUGAUUAUGGCGCCUUAACAGCAUCAGUGUCUGAUUUUCAGUGGAGCCAAAACUUUAAAGAACCUCCUUCAGUCUGGGGGGAAAUGUUGCGUCCAAUACCGGUGGCACUAGCGUCAUGCACGAGAUUCUUUGAGGCAAUGUCUGCGAUGAGAGAAUCAUUUGCGACUCUUCAAGACCUUAGAGUUGGUAACUCGGCAGCUUCUUUACCAACUACCCCAUCACAAAGAGACUCAGAUUGUGUGGCUCCACCUCAGGGGGUAACAGGUUCAAGCUUCGACGACUUAGCUGUUCAGACCACAAGGAGAGAAGCAGAAGAAGAAGAUGGUAAUGACUAUGAGAAUGUGAGACUAUCUUGGCCUCCUUCGGUUAAAAAGAGUAACGUUUAAUUGGGUGAUGUUGCCUUUGCGUGAAGCUUUUAACAUCGACAGUGUUCUUAUUCUACCAACAUCAGUGUCCUUCAUCGACACAUCUUACUUUCCUUAAUGUGCAAACCACAACUAUUAUUAUCAGGUGAAGAUCAUUGUGCCAAAAUGUUUUCUUCUCUAUAACCGUUUAUAUGAAAAAAUGGUUUA